UAGGCCGAAGUAUUUAUUUAUUAUAUAACACAUGAAAAGAUUAAUAAUAUUAAUACAAGGCGUAAUACACUGAUCUCUAAACACUUAAUAAUUUGUUUUAUUGUUAGAAUAUAUGGAGGGGAGUUUUAGGGAUAAAUAUGCAUUUGUUGGGGAAUGGUACGAUGACCAGGCGAGUUUGGUUCGUCGGUUCAAUGUCUUCUAUUACCCUACUGACGAUAGUUUGGAGAUGAUCGAUUUGAAAACUCGAAAGGUCUUCUUACGUCGGAUGAAAGUGAAUGGAGUGAAACUAGAUAGUUUCUUCUUAGGCUGCACAUUAAAUAUACUAGGUCGCCUUAUUAAAAUACUUGAAUUCGGCUGUGAAGAUACUAGAAGAAAAUUACAUAAAGAUAUGCAGGUGACAUUUGGAAUGAUUAAGCCAAUUCCUACAAGUAUUGCUGGGAAGAUUAUAACACAUUUAUAUGAGCAUGGACUGAAAAUCACCAAGAUGAAGAAAGUUCAUUUGACCUCUGAUGAUGUGAUUUACAUUUACCGAAGUUACCAGACUGAUCCCACUUACCCGUUCCUUCUAGAGCACCUGACGAAGCAGUAUGUUUAUGGCAUUGAGAUUGUUGGAAAGGAUGCAGUGGCUCAAAGCCACAAGAUUCUUGGUAAUCGUGAUCCUUUGAAAGCUGAGCCGGGCACUAUCAGAGCCUUGUAUGGCAGUGAUGCUGUGAGGAACUGCAUGCAUGUUUCAACAGAUGAAGAAGGAGCAUUACAGGACCUAGAAUACUUCUUCCCGCCACCACACCUCCACUCUGUACGUUUGCGAUUGACAGCCACUUUGUCAAACUGUACUCUCUGUAUCGUAAAACCUCACGCAAUUCGAGAAGGCAAGCUUGGCAAAGCGCUGGAACUCAUCGAUGAAGGAGGCUUUGACAUCACUGCGCUAAACAUGAUUCAGGUGGAGACUGUCAAUGCGUGCGAAUUUUUUGAAGUUUAUAAAGGCAUUGUACCCGAAUAUAAGGGUAUGGUACAGGAACUUUCAAGUGGUCCGUGUGUUGCAAUGGAGUUAGUGGUUAAAGAUAAGACUAAAAAUACUGCUGUCGAAUUCAGAAAAAUAGUUGGACCUUGUGAUCCGGAAAUAGCAAGGCUGUUGCGGCCACAUACAAUGCGAGCUAAACUCGGAAACAAUAAGGUUCAAAACGCAAUCCACUGUAGUGAUUUGCCUGAAGAUGGUUUAUUGGAAGUCGAAUAUUUCUUCAAGAUUUUAGACUUAUAAUGACUCAAGGCUGACUACUUAUACGUUUUUUGAUAUUGAUUAUAAUACUCAAUGAUUUUAGAAUAUAACGUGGUUGAGUGUGAGAGCGAGGUUGAUGUAUAUGAGAAUGUACAAACCACAAAUUUUAAGAUGCGCUACGCAAUUACCAAUGUAUAAUAAUGCAAAGUAUCCAACAACAAGCACAUAGAAAAGUUAGUUUUUACACAUUUG